CGGUCUACUUGAAAAGAAAACAUUGCAAGCUUACCUACUUGAAGAUCCUUGAAGAACCUCAUUUUUUUUUUUUUGCAGAUUUUGCUGUGUAUUUUGCAGUAAUUAUGCAGGACAGAGGUACAUUUAUCAGCCCCUUUUACAGACCGCGGUGUCUGGCAGCAGCGGCGCCGGCGGGGAAAGCGAAAUUAACUCACCCGGGAAAGGCGAUCCUGGCAGGUGGAAUUGCAGGUGGCAUAGAGAUCUGCAUCACUUUCCCCACAGAGUAUGUUAAGACUCAGUUGCAACUGGAUGAGAGGGCCAAUCCACCCAAAUACAGAGGAAUAGGUGACUGUGUGAAACAGACAGUACAGAGUCAUGGUGUUAAAGGACUUUACAGAGGACUCAGCUCACUGCUCUAUGGAUCCAUACCCAAAUCUGCUGUCAGGUUUGGGGUGUUUGAGUUUCUCAGCAACCAUGCAAGGGAUGAGUCCGGUCGACUGGACAGCACCAGAGGCCUGCUGUGCGGGCUUGGAGCUGGGGUGAUGGAGGCCGUUUUAGUAGUCUGUCCAAUGGAAACUGUCAAGGUUAAAUUCAUUCAUGACCAGACUUCAGCCAACCCCAAAUACAAGGGCUUCUUCCACGGAGUCAGAGAGAUUAUCAGGGCACAAGGAUUAAGAGGGACAUACCAGGGUCUUACUGCCACCGUCCUUAAACAAGGCUCCAACCAAGCUAUUCGAUUCUUUGUCAUGACCUCUCUCAAGAACUGGUACAAAGGUGAUAACCCCAAUAAAGCUAUCAAUCCCUUGGUAACUGGAGCCUUUGGAGCCAUAGCUGGAGCAGCCAGUGUCUUUGGAAACACCCCACUAGAUGUCAUCAAGACAAGGAUGCAGGGUCUGGAGGCACAUAAAUAUAAAAGCACAAUGGACUGUGCUUUAAAGAUCAUGAAAUACGAAGGUUUGGCAGCUUUCUAUAAAGGAACAGUUCCACGGCUGGGCCGUGUGUGUCUGGACGUGGCCAUAGUUUUCAUCAUCUAUGAGGAGGUGGUGAAGGUCCUGAAUAAGGUCUGGAAGACGGACUGAGCCACUGGAUGUACAGAGAGGGCAACAGCUUCCUCAGGCAUCAGACACAGAUCUGAGUUUCUUCUGUAUCCCCAAAACCAUCUGCCGAAGGGUUGACAGAGAGCUGAACUUAGAUCAGUGUCAUAUGCUAACCAGGGAGUUAAAUGGCUCCCUGUCACCCGCAUCUGCACAGCUGCAGUGAAGAUCAAGGGUCAAUUUAACAAAGUGGGAUUAUAAAGUUAGCCAAAUAAUUGUGACAAAAGAUGCUUUAUGCACCAGGUCCUAAAUGUGAAGCAAAAUCUGAAUCCUAGGGUCAACAUCAGCCGCUUAUAAACAACCAGGAAUUUCAGCCUUUUUCAUGUUAUCUGGUUUAUUUUUAUGUAAACCUACUUUGUAAAAUACCCUCCUUCAGUGAUGAACACCAUUUCUAGUCAUUCACAGCUGUUUUACUGAUGUUUACUGUCAGUGUGCAGGUGUCGUACUGGAUUUCCGUCAGUGUUGCUCUCUGUCUCUUCUUGUGCCUAACAGAUUUAAAACCAGAGGAGCCAGACUGCAGCUGGUUGCAGUUUACAGUCACAUAAGCUGCAGUCACAUCCAUAACUAGGCCUUUAAUAGAAUAAUUUUACACUUAUAAUAUGCCAAUUAUUUUUAUAAAGUGUAGAUCCUAAUUUAGUUCAUUACCAGCAUUAUAUUUUUAUUUGUAAAAAAAUGAAAUAGAUUUUAUUCCUGUGCCAAAAGCCAAAUGUGUUACAAUAUAGCUGUGUGUUCAAAGUAAGAAUAUGCAGAAGUAGCUUAAUCAUGAAGAGAUGAACUAUCAUGACUUAUAUUGUGGCUUGAUAAAUCUAUUUAUUGAAAGUUGAAUGUUGAAUAUCGUGAGAGGCUAUUUGCUGUUUGUUUUCCUGUAAUCUGGUCUGGGUGUAAAGGUGUUUUAAGGUGUUAGGAAAGUAUUUUAUUGCUGUAUUUCACUGUGAGUCUAAAUGACCCAAUGACACUGAGUCAUAAAGACGAAGUAACCUCAGACCUCUUUUUCCCCUCCAGUGGAAGCACUACUACUCAUCAGAUCAUAUCCUAACACCAGGUGUAUACCAGUGGAUGGUCAUUUGUCUUCUGUUUACAUUAGAAGCAGCUUUCAAUCUGUGUUCUGCACACCAGUGGGUCCCAUUGUGGGGGUCAGGACCAGUGGGUUACAAAAUAAAUCUGAGGGUCAAGAGUUAAUUCACAAUAAUAACGAGAAAUCUGAAAGGAAUGAAAAACAGUAAUCUUCUGUACACAUUUCUGUUCAUUUCAGGAAAUCACUCUUGGGUUGUGACAUUAAUCUGCAUUUGUUUCAUUUACUGCAAAGUGUUCAUCCACCAAAAAUGUUGUACAUCACAGUCUGUUCAGAUCCAUAUCCUCCGUUUCAGUCAGGGUUUGUUUUUACUCACUCACGUGCCUUUUUACUCUUGUGUUACUUGAGAAAAAUCAUCAACCUAUCAUUGACCUAUUAAACUCUCCCUGUCUAUUUG